AUGCCUAAAGCCAGUCAAAUACCCUCUAAAGCUAAAUCAUCAACCAAGGUUGAAGCAAAACCCAAAAUCUUGAUGCCCAAGUCAAAGAAAAAUGACAAGACUACAAGAGAACCCACACCCACACCUGCUCCUUCUCCAUCUAUAUCCUCCACCAUACCUACCUCAUCCUCCCCUGUUCCUACUGCUCCACUUCUUGUCAUUCCCAUCUCCAUUGUGCCUCCUCCUUCAAAAGCAACUACCCAUGCACCUGAGCUUCCUACAAAAAAUACCUCUAAGACGACAAAGGUCAAAGAAACUUCAAGAAAAUUCGUCAAGAAAAUGCCUGAGGCUGCUGCGCAUGUUGACACUGGAGUCAAGGAAUCUAUGAUUCAGAGGGAAUCAGGCACUACUGAUCAGGUACCACAUCCUGCUCCCAAGUUAGAUGUUUUGGCUUCUGCUAUAGAUGUUGCACCCCUAUAUACUCUUACAAUUACGAGUGAGAAGUCACCAGUAGAGAAAUUCAUAGGAGAAGAGUAUACAGGGGAUCUGGGAAAUAGCUAUAAUGAGGAUGAAAAAGAUAAUGAAGGUGAAAAGGAAGAAGAAGUUAUGACCAGUCAUGAGGAACAUGAAGCUCAAAACAUAGCCAAUGAAGAAGGAAAGAGUAAGAAUGAGGGAGUAUUUGGAGAUGAGAAGGAGAGUGAUACAGAGGAUAAGAUAGUUGAACAGAAAAAUAAUUCUGCAGAAAAAGAAAAUCUAAGUGAAGAAGAGGAGGUCUAUGAAAGUGAGGGAGAGGAUCAAGAAAGGUAG